GAUUCGAAGACUUAGACGCCUGUUUUCUUUCAUCAAUCACCACAUGGCUGGGCAGGGAAAACGCCACUGCUGGGAGUGCCGGCGGAGGUGCUUGGUCUGCGAUUUUACUGAGCCAGCAUGCAGAAGGUGUUCUGCAUCCGGCAUCGCGUGUCCGGGAUACAGCCACGUAAAACCGACGCGCAUCAAGUGGCUCUCGCCUGGGAAGGUCGUAGCUCGGACUCGCCCAAGGCGCAAAGGAGUGUCACCUACCCUGACUUUGCCCUUUGAUGAUCUUUCAAUAUUCGAUAUCACCCAUGAGGCCCGCGUCCUCCCUCAGGCCGCCGAGUACUUCAACUCAUGCAUAUACACCGAUCUGGCGCCAUUACAUGAACUCGCAGGCGGCUACAACCCUCACGUGUACCCGCUGUCAACCGCACGUCUCCGCCACGGCGCCGCGGCACCCGACUAUUUACGGUUCGGCAUGCUCUGCAUGACCCUAAGCCAUCGGAUUAAUCGUUUGGGGGAUGGGCCGUAUUCCAGGACCCUGACCGAGAGGUUCUACCGGUACUGGGGCCUUGCCGUCCGCUCUCUCAACGAGCAUAUCGGGCGGGAAGAUGCGCGUACCGGCGAUAUGAUCGUUGCCGGGGUCAUGACGCUUCUACUUACCGAUAUCCAGAACGGCACCUCGCUCAACUGGCGAUGCCAUCUCGACGGCGCCUACCGACUGAUCAUGCUGCGAGGCGGCUUUUCCGCCGUGGCCGGGGUGAGAAGCCUCUACCCGCUGCUGCUGUCUUUUUGGUCCGUCGCAGUCUUCGGCAACACAACCUCGCCCGCCUCCAACCUCUCCAUGACGGAAGCCCACCUCUCCGCCCUGCCGCUCCUUCUCGACCAGUACCACGCCGCGCCAUCUCCCUUCCAGCUGUGUCCGCUCCCGCUUGUUGCCGAGCUGGUCCGCAUCUCCCACCUCCGGAAGCAGGCCUUUGCUUCCACCCACUCUCAACCAGCCCAACACUUACAGCUCAAUGAUCCUGAUGUCUCUCUGUAUGAUCAUGACUUCUCCGUGUCAGCAUCAGCAAUCCUCGCCCGGAUAGACUCCUUCUCUCCCGAUCUCUGGGCCACGUCCAAAGCCCCCUCCAACACCAACCCCUCCGCACAACAAGACUGGCUGCUCAUCGGCCAGGCCUACCGCGCCGCUGUAGUGCUUUACUGCAUCCUCUCACUUCAGGGCCUGGUCGAUUUAGACUGGAGAACGCCCUUCACCGCCUUGCGACACGCGCGAGAUCUCAGGGUAUACCUCACUGCUGGCCUACAGUCGAGGCGGAGCAAGCGGUUUCUGAUCUGGCCUCUGGUGCUGCUUGGGGUCUCUGCCGGGGCUGGGCUGUACCCUCUUCAAGAUAAGAAAAGGGAAGAAGAGGAGGAUGGGGUGAGGGGGUUUGUGAGGGAGGGGCUGGGGGACCUGAGCUGCUUUAUCGGCUCGAGCGUCCCCCUCACGGCGAAGAAGGUGCUGGAGGCAUUCUGGCGGUCGGCGGAGACUGGGUGGGAUGGGUGCUUCGACAGGCCGUAUGUGUUUACCGCGCAGAUUGCGGUGGAUACUAGUCCGUUGUAUGAGACGUCGUGACGGUGUUGAGGGACAAAGGGAUCAGGAAGAGGGUGAUGUAUGGUCAACUCCCGUUAUUGGACCGUGCAUUGAACUAUCGAUGCAUCACGGCCUCUUGUAAUUCCCUAUGGCAAUAGAGCGAUCCUGUACGAGAGUGUGACAAAUGGAAGUGCCGAU